AUGGGGCGAAUUGCACGGCGUUUUCUGGUAUUAGCUUUGCUUUAUGGCUUGGCACACUCACAGAGGGACCCAGAGAGUGGACACUGCUCGGAAGAUGGCUGCCCGGCUGAUGACGGAGAGCCGCGUGGUGGACGUGGUGGCGGGGAUGAGCUUGAGAACGUGGGGGACGGGUCAGCACAGAAGUGGAACAUCUUUUCUUCCAUCAGUGACGCCAUAAUUUCCUUCAAAGACACCGUAAAGUAUAAUGCAUACAAGAAACUCGAAGGAAUGUACAACACAACAGCUGAGUUUGCUGACAAUAUCUACAGUGCAGUUGAGGACUUCAGCGAGAGGGUUCGAAGUGUUUUUCGUGAAGAAUUCUCUUCAUUUUUGGACAUCAUGUGGGAGAGUGCUGUGGGAACUGACCCCGCAAAUUCCGGUGCAGAUUCUUUGUAUUUGAAGUUCAAGAGGGUUGUAGUGAACCGCGUACUAGCAGUUGGACUUAUCCUCCUCUGCCUAAUACUCAACUAUUUCAUCUGGAUCUUUUCCUACAGUGCCUUUACUGCCACCAUCUUCAUACUUACGUUCAACAGCUCAGUUGCCCUUGGGUACAAGAUAGUAGGUCCACUGUGGGUAUACUGGUUCUUCUGGAAGGUGGUUGGAUAUGUGUGGUAUACUGUGUCCUGCAUGUGGACCUACCCGUACACUUCUGCUGGUGUCAUCUGUGGGCUGUUUUUGUUUGCCACGCUCUACUCUGUGUAUCAGUGGAGGAGAAGGGUGGAGAGGAGGGAGUGGAACGAGGACAUGAUCAGGAGCAUUGCACUCCGACUUCAGAGAAUGGAAGAACAGCAGAACAAGAUUCUGAAGCAAAAUGAGGACUUGAAA